AUGGAUUCAUCAAACAUUCAGAUACGUGUUAAUGAACUCCUUCGUUUCAUUACAAAGAAUCCUAAUGAAAAUCUUGCACCCUCAUACAUUGAACUCACACAGUUCGCUAAGGAACUUCCAGAAUACAUUUUAACAAAUUUAGCUCAAACAAUGUUAGGUUCUUUAGCAGAUCAGAGAACCACGUCAGUUCUUUAUACUCCAAUUCUUGAAUUGAUGUAUCAAACACUUAUGUUUAAUCAUAAAGGAGUUCAAUUUUUGUUUGAUUUGCCAAGCGUUCUUAAAAUCCUUUUCCCAUUUUGCAAAUAUCCAAAGACAAAGGCAGUUGAUAUUCUUUUAAUGCUUUUCCUCCACGAUCCACAGAGAUUUUGUGAUUUUAUUGCAAAUCCACCUCAUUCAAUUGUAAUUCUUCGUGAAGCAACAUCCAUACAAAAGAGCAGACGUGCAGGUGAGUUAUUACUCCGUAUUUUCUGCUUAAAUACCACUUUAAUGCAAAAUUUAAUACCCGAAAUUCGGCCUUCUCUUCGCGAACUUACAGCUCAUUGUGCAAUAGGCAUGAUGCUUUCAUCAGCUGAGAUGCAACAGAACAUUCCUGAAGAAGAAUUCGCAGAUUGGUUCUUAUCAAAAUCUCCUGUCACUCAUUACGACGUUAAAUCAGCCACAUUACUCUACCCAGCAUUCUGGUUGAAUCCAGUGGUCCUCCGCUUCCUUUGCCAUGCAGAAGCUCCAGAAAAACUCGAAUAUGUUGAAUGGCUCAGCGCCCAACCAAAACAGCCGUUCCUAGAUGUAGACAAAACGGUUGUUUCGACGGUUUGCAACCAACUUACGAAACCUCCGACCUUUACAAACGAAGAUGGCGUUGAUUUAUCAAAAGAAGGCUUCAUCUUCUUCAGAUACUUCAUUUUAUCACAUACAUCGCCAGACAAAGUCAUCCCAGAGGUUAUUAACAUGAUAAUGAACGAUGCAAAGAGCAAAAACGAAUUUCUCGCGGCUGCAGCUUUACAGGUUUUAACGAUAUGGGCAAUCAAAUACAAUUUCGAACCAAAACCAUUCGUUGUUAUGAACGUCGCUACUACUUCUCUUGAUGAAGAAAUUCCAAAUAAUUUCAGAAGAAUUUGCGCAAUUUCGACCAUUGCUUUCAGCCAAACAUCGAAGAUAGCGAGAUCUCUUGUAAUGAGUGGCGAAAUCAAGGCAGAACCAACAGAUAUGAGAACAAUUGCAAGAACAAAGUGGAGAUUUCCGAACUUCCAUGAAAUUCUCGAAAAAGUCAUGAGAAUAAAGGUUGUACAGCUUGACAAUUUAGUUGCAGCUCUCGGACAAUUCACUUUGGCACUCAACAAAGAUUUUUAA